AUGUGGUCCUCGCUCGUACCUGGGGAUCGUGCCAUCGUCAGCAUGGUGGCGUUGAACUCCGGCACCGAGGAGCCUGCUCCCAGUUCGGGGUUGCUGGACCUGUCCGAGCCCUCCGCCCAGCGUCGCGUGCAGCUCCCCGCCGCCGCGCGGCCCUCCACCCCCACACCGCGCUACGUCUGGCGCGUGGCGCUGCGUGCGCUCUCCAACCUGCGCCUGGCCAUCGCCGAGCUGGCGGUGAUCGCGGGGCUGUCGGCCUGCGGCACGCUGGUGGACCAGGGCCAGUCCCCCGCCUACUACGUGGAGCACUACCCACUGGGCCAGGUCUGGCUACCCUGGCCCAUCAUCCUCCCCCUCCAGCUGGACCACAUCUAUAGUGCGCCCUACUUUCUUGGCCUGCUGGGCCUGCUGGGCGCCUCGCUGACGGCCUGCACCACCACCACGCAGUGGCCGCAGGCCCGCGUCGCGCAGCGCUGGCGCUUCAAGCCCGGCGUCGAGGCCCUGCGCGCGCUGCCCGCCGUGACCGAGAUGGAGGGGCACAGCGUGCGCAGCGUGGGGCCACCUCCACCCAAGGCGUUGAACUCCGGCACCGAGGAGCCUGCUCCCGGUUCGGGGGUGCUGGACCUGUCCGAGCCCUCCGCCCAGCGUCGCGUGCAGCUCCCCGCCGCCGCGCGGCCCUCCACCCCCACACCGCGCUACGUCUGGCGCGUGGCGCUGCGUGCGCUCUCCAACCUGCGCCUGGCCAUCGCCGAGCUGGCGGUGAUCGCGGGGCUGUCGGCCUGCGGCACGCUGGUGGACCAGGGCCAGUCCCCCGCCUACUACGUGGAGCACUACCCACUGGGCCAGGUCUGGCUACCCUGGCCCAUCAUCCUCCCCCUCCAGCUGGACCACAUCUAUAGUGCGCCCUACUUUCUUGGCCUGCUGGGCCUGCUGGGCGCCUCGCUGACGGCCUGCACCACCACCACGCAGUGGCCGCAGGCCCGCGUCGCGCAGCGCUGGCGCUUCAAGCCCGGCGUCGAGGCCCUGCGCGCGCUGCCCGCCGUGACCGAGAUGGAGGGGCACAGCGUGCGCAGCGUGGCGAGCCCCGUAGCGCUGUACGCCUUCAAAGGGCUGGCGGGGAAGCUUGGGCCCAUCGGGGUGCAUGCCUCCAUGCUGGCGGUGCUGGCCGGGGUCAGCCUCGGCGCGGCGGCGGCGCACGCUGCGGACCUCAAGUUUGACGCCUUCCAGAUAGACUACCGGGACGACGGCAGUAUUCGCCAGUUCGUCACCAGCAUCACAGUCCUCGAGGAAGGAGUGCCGGUGGCUCGCCAGACCGUGAGCGUGAACCAGCCGCUUCGGUACAAGGGACUGACGGCCUACCAGACAGACUGGGCCCUGGCGGCCGUGAGGGUGUCGGCCCUGCCCCUGAGCGACGCUGCCUUGGGACCACAGACGGGCACCGCUCUUUCUCGAACGCCACCUGAUGAAGCCGGUGUCUCGGAGGGCCAGGGAAAGCCAGUACCCAAUACCCCGCGGCAGCCGGUCCAACUGUCUCUUCCCAUGGCCCAGCUGGCGGGGGAGAGCCCCGAAAGCAAGCUGUUCGGCACCUUCCUGCCCCUGUCCACGCUGGGCCUGCCCGCGGAGGACGGCGCGCCGGGAUCAAACCCGCGCGGCAUCUCCCUGCUGGCGCGGGAUCUCCAGACGGUGGUGCUGUACGACGGCAAGGGGGCCUUUGUGGGGGUGAGGCGCCCGGGGUCAAACCUCCCCAUCACGGUGGAGGGAGUGGAGCUCCGCAUCGGCGCCAUCACGCCCUCCAGCGGCAUGCAGCUGAAGAUUGACCCCGGGGUCCCCUUGGUGUACGCUGGCUUCCUCGGCCUGUGCAUUACGGUGGUGGUGUCCUACCUGUCCCACUCCCAGCUCUGGGGCGUGGCGACCGAGGACGGCAGCGUGCUCCUCGGCGGCAGGACCAACCGCGCCCUGCAGGCCUUUGCGGAUGAGGUGGUGGCGCUGGGCGGAAAGCAGGAGGAGGAGGACCCCGAGGUGGCGGCGGGGGAGCAGGACCGGAGCAGCUCCUGGUACUGA